CGGUCGUGGUCCUGGCUCGAGCUCUUUCCUCUCGUCCGCGCAGUGUUCCGCGGCGCUUUGUCUGGGCCCGGGCGGGCGGCGAGACUCCCGGGAUAGCCGCGGCCCCGCUCUGUACAAACGGUCGAGGGGCUCAGGCGGCCUUUAAGGUGGACUCGCGCUUAAGGUGGACCGCUCCCGUAAAGUGGACUAGGCGUUAAGGUGGUUCGCGCUUAAGGUGGACUCUCCGCGAAGCCGCGCCUGCGAGGCGGGGAGGGCCGGGGCUUGGCAUGGAGAGCCCCGCCUGAAGCCGCCGCCGCAGGAACCGCGGCGGUCCGUCCUGAGGAAGAGAUGGGGAAGGCCCGCUGCUGAGGAGCCAGCUUCACCCCGGCCUCUAACAAUGACCAGCUCUCGGCCGUUCUGCAGGAAGAGGCAACCCAUGGACGAGGGCGAGGGAGCUCCUUCAUCACCGCCAUCCUCCUCCUCCUCGUCCCUUUGCAGCUCUGAAGCCGUCCCGGCCGCAGUCUCCCCGCCGGCUCCGGGGUCCCCCCGGCGCAGCGCCAUGGAGACAGUGGGAAAGUUUGAGUUCAGCAGGAAGGACUUGAUCGGGCACGGAGCCUUCGCCGUCGUCUUCAAGGGCAGGCACAGAGAGAAACCUGAGCUGGAAGUAGCUGUGAAAUGCAUUAACAAGAAAAACCUUGCAAAAUCUCAAACGCUGCUGGGCAAGGAAAUAAAAAUACUUAAGGAACUGAAACAUGAAAACAUCGUUGCCUUGUAUGACUUCCAGGAACUGGCAAACUCUGUCUACUUGGUUAUGGAGUACUGUAAUGGUGGUGACCUGGCAGACUAUCUUCACACGAUGCGAACGCUUAGUGAAGACACCAUCAGGCUUUUUCUCCAGCAGAUAGCGGGUGCCAUGAAAAUGCUGCACAGCAAGGGCAUCAUCCAUCGGGACCUGAAACCACAGAAUAUCCUCCUUUCCUACUCUGGGGGCAGGAAAUCCAAUCCCAAUAACAUUCGCAUAAAGAUUGCUGACUUUGGGUUUGCCCGAUAUCUCCAGAAUAACAUGAUGGCAGCAACGUUGUGUGGUUCACCAAUGUACAUGGCACCAGAAGUAAUUAUGUCUCAACACUACGAUGCCAAAGCUGACCUCUGGAGUAUAGGAACCAUCAUUUAUCAGUGUCUAACAGGAAAGGCGCCUUUUCAGGCCAGCAGCCCACAGGAUCUUCGCCUCUUCUAUGAGAAAAACAAGAUGCUGAUGCCCAACAUCCCCAGGGAGACAUCAAGCCACCUGAGGCAGCUGCUACUGGGACUUUUGCAGCGUAAUCAUAAGGACCGCAUGGACUUUGAUGAGUUUUUCCAUCACCCAUUCUUGGAUGCAAGUGCCUCUAUGAAAAAAUCUGCUUCCGUGCCAAUGCCUUCCUAUCCCAGUUCAGGCUCCGGUAGUUCCUCCAGCAGCUCUUCUACUUCCCACUUGGCAUCACCUCCUCACACUCUUGGAGAGAUGCAGCAGCAGCUGCAGGAGAAGGCACUGGCAUCUCCUACCCAGGAUUCCCCCGGCUUCCUACAUGGAUCUAAGGACUCUGCUGGAAGCAGCAGUAAGAAUUCAUCCUGCGACACAGAUGACUUCGUUAUGGUCCCAGCACAGUUCUCAAGUGAUUUAACUGCUGAGGCUGCAGGAGGGAAACCAAUCCAGGACAGCCUGAUGUACAGCGGGAGUUCUCUGGUAACUUCAGCAGGUUUGGAAAGCCAGGGAAGGACACCAUCUCCAUCACCACCGUACAGCAGUUCUCCUAGCCCGUCCAGCCGGCCAGGGCAGUUUUCUAGCAGCAAGUACGGCCCCUCGGUGCCCAUCCCCGUGCCCACGCAGAUCCACAACUACCGGCGCAUCGAGCAGAACCUGCAGUCUCCCCAUCAAUACUCCUCUCCUCGGUCUGCUACGGUCCGAAGGUCUAGCAGUACAAGUCCUCUUGGUUUUCCUAAAACUGGUGCUUCCCCUCCUUAUCCUGGAGAGCAUGGAUCUGUGCCCAGCUCGAGAAAGCUCUGCUUUGGUGGUGCCAAGCCCUUCCUGCCAUCACCACAAGUUGGAACAAUCCCAGAGCAGCCCAGCCAGACUGUUAUCCCAUCUUCUCUUGGAGCAGAUGUGAGAGGCCGGAUUCCCGUUGCUGGUUCCUCGGCGCCUGAACACUCUCCACGAGGGAUGGGCUCCCGGCUCCACAGUGCUCCCAACCUGUCAGAUUUGCAUUCCUGCAGGCAGAAGAUAACCAAGCAACACUCUGAUCCUCUUGUUGCUCACUUUGGUCACACUCCAGUCAGCCAGCCUCUGCAGAUUCAUGGUUUGCAGCACUGCCGCCAGCUCAGAUCCUCACCGAAGCUGUCCGAGUUCAUGCAGAGAAGCCCUUUGCCAACUAUAAUGGGCUCCCCUACAAAGGCUGUGUCACCGUUUGAGUUUCCCAAAACCCCAAGUUCCCAGAAUCUCCUCACCCUCUUGGCCCAUCAGGGAGUCAUGAUGACUCCGACAAGGAACAAGACCUUGCCAGAUCUGAAGGAGAUGGGUCAUUUCCACUGCCAGCAAGCAGGCUUGGGGCUGAGACCUGUGGAAGAGGUCAAGGGCAGAUCUCUGAGCACAGGCAGACUCACUGACCUGCUGCUGAAGGCAGCCUUUGGGGCACAGAUCUCAGAAGCUGGCAGCAACGACAGCCUGAACAAUGAGAAGCCCAUGGAAAUUGCAGCUCCCUCAGGUGCUUGUGGAGGGACCCUGCACUCCGGUGCCCGGGCUGGGGGCUCUGCCAGCCCAUCCCCAGUGAUUUUUACUGUCGGAUCCCCUCCCAGUGGAACAACCCCCCCACAGACCAUGAGGACCAGGAUGUUUUCAGUGGGGUCUUCCAGCUCUCUGAGUUCUGGAGGCUCGUUCACCAGCAGGCACUUGGCAGUGGGCACUGGUGGGGAGGCUGUGGAAGGCCCCUCGAGUCUUCGCUACGCUUUUGCUGAUCCCAUCACCGCCAACCUGGAAGGUGCUGUGACAUUUGAGGCACCAGAGCUGCCUGAAGAGACGCUCAUGGAGCAAGAGCACACGGACAUCCUGCGCAGCCUCCGCUUCACCUUGGCCUUCGUGCACUACGUGAUGGAGAUCGCGGCCCUCAAGGGCUCCAGCGAGAUGAGCAGCUCGGUGACAGCCGAGUACCAGCUCCAGGAGAGCGUGGUGGCCGACCAGAUCAGCCUCCUCAGCCGGGAGUGGAGCUACGCGGAGCAGCUGGUGCUGUACCUGAAAGUGGCAGAGCUUCUGUCCUCGGGGCUGCAGAUGGCAAUAGAGCAGAUCAAAGCUGGCAAGCUCUGCCUCUCCUCCACUGUCAAGCAAGUUGUGAAGAAGCUGAAUGAGCUUUAUAAAUCCAGUGUAUCAUCCUGCCACUGCCUCAACAUGAGACUCCAGAGGUUCUUCUUGGACAAGCAGAAGCUCAUGGAUCGGAUCAACAGCAUCACUGCAGAGAAGCUCAUCUUCAGCUACGCUGUGCAAAUGGUGCAGUCUGCAGCCCUGGAUGAGAUGUUCCACCACAGAGAGGACUGUGCACAGAGGUACCACAAGGCUCUACUGCUGAUGGAGGGGCUCCUGAAUAUCAUCACUGAGCAGGGGGACAUAGAAAACAUCAAUAAAUGUAAGCUGUGCAUCGAGCGCAGGCUGUCAGCGCUGCUGUCGGGGUUCUGUGCCUGAUGUCAGCGGUGUUCCUCACACACCUCGCCCCAGCUGGUCACUUUGUGUCCAACGGCCUACUGCUGUGGUGGGAAACGAUUUUGGCAGUAGGAGCCCUGGAGGAUGAGCUGCUCAACGUGUUGUGCUUUUGACGUUUUGGGAAGUUGGUUCCAUGGACUCGGGUGCCUUCGUGGGGACGUGUGACUGCAGCAAGCACAAACGCUUCCCUGCACAAAGGCCUGGGCGACAACGGAGGCGCUGUGGAAAGAUUUCCCUUGCUGGCAGAGGAGGUGAAGGAUAGAAGUCUGCUUCUUCCCAGCACUUUGAAGGAUGAGACUGCUGCCCAUCUCUUGCUUAUGAACAGGGUAUUCCAGUGCUGUGUCCAUUGCGGGCAAUGGACGUGCUGAAACUGCCGGCUUCAGUUCCUGUUGGAGGGUGUCAUUCAGAAACCAAGGCCAGUUUGUGUACUGUCUCCUGCCCAGCUGAGAGCCAGGCACCUUCAAGCUCCCUGGCACCCCUGGGCUCCCCUCCUUUCUCUCUGUGUCCCUCCUCCCUCGUGCCCACACCUUAGGGCGCUGGCCGAGCACGGCGCAGAGCCCAUCCCCUCCUUCUUGCCUGAGCGUGGCCUGAGUACUCCCACCUCUGCACACUUCCCAGGGAAGGCCAAGGCCAUGUCUGCCGUGGGAAAGGCCGUGGCUGCCACGUGGACUCUGCCUGGAUGGGUCAGGAACGCAGAGGGAGAGACUCUGCACAGGAAGCGGGACGACAGAAAGCGUAACGCUCCUGUGUGUGGAAGCAGCCUAACAAAUCCGCUCCUCCCUCAAGGCCCCGAGCUCAGCGGGGUUGAGGUGAGAGACUCCUGGCUGUUGGGCUUGGCUUGUCCUUACAUAUCUACCAGGGGAAGCAUUAGCACUGUCCUGCUUUCAGCUGUUGGCUCAUAACCCUCUUCCUGGAGCCCUCACCCCCCCCACACCCCCAACCCGAAAACACUAGCUUUGUGAAUCAAAGGAGCACUUUACACACUAUGGGAACUUUGAGGAGUUAACUUUGCAUCACACAACAACCCAGGAACAUCACGACUGUUAGGAAUGCUGUUCUUUUUGUUCCUUUCCUUUCUUCCUGGUUGUUUUAUUGCACUACGUGUGUGCGGAUAUGAAUCUGUAUUCCUAAGGGGGAGUAUGUAGUGGUAGAUCCAUGGUUUGUGUGUAACUGUACGUAUUUAACUGUACUGUAUCUUGUGAGUGUGAGGCAAAAAGCACUGCAGAGCCUGUGCUGUUCCUCCUCCACACCAGGCAAAGCUGACUUGCAGUCUGGCAGUACCAAGAUUUGUUUUGUUUUGGGUUUGUAUGUUUUUUUGGGGGGGUAAUUUAAAUGUUCUUUUAAGGACAGUCAAUACACAGCUCCAGUGCUUUGUGAGAGCUCAACAGCAGGCGUUAAGGCCCUACACACUUACACUUGGAAAUGCAUCUUGUUUUUUAAGAAGUUUUAUUUGCUGCUUCAUGUGUUGGUUUGUUUUGUUGGUUCAUUUCGUUGAGGGUUUGUUUUUUUUAUAUAUAUGUAUAAAGAGAUCUGGUAGGGUUCAUUUUUACAUUCAGCAUUUCUUUUAGAGGAGACUCUGUAGCCAAACGAGACUGCGGGGUGCGAGUGGCUGGAGCUUCAAUGAGGCUCUGGGUGUGCUAAGUGUGUGUAUGAGGGGCUGCAGCUGCCUGCCUGAGAGUGUGUGUGUGUGCCUGUGUGUGUGUGAGUGUGCGUGCCUGUGCGUGUGUCUCUUAAUUUAUCAGAGUCGUGGCAGUAUUUUGUUAGCGCUGGGCAGAAAAGUACCUUUGAAAGCAACUUGAAACCUCAGGCGUUGGUUUGGGGGUUCUAAAACAGUUUUGCACACGGUGGUUAAGUCCUCAUUGCUUUUUUUCCUCUUGACAUUGGCACAUUCUCAGUGUGAUACUUCUACCAGGGUUUCAGGAGCAACUUAAUUGGCUUUGGAGCUGGCGUCGCCUUUGGCAACGCGGGUGUUUCUGGUGACAGCAGAAAUGCCAAUAAAGAAGUUUUUAGUGUUUCCCAUUGCCCCAGCUGGGGAAGUUAGUGUAGCUGGAGUGUAGCUUUCACAAACACUUCAGUCUUGGGCUGCUGUCACAUCCUAUGUCCACAGCCUGCUGCUGCUACUGCCGCUGCAGCUGUUUGUGCUUGUGCCUGGGGAAAAAAAAGACAGAAACAAACCAGAACCAACCAACCGACCCCUCAGCCUGUGAACAGAAAUGCCGAGGAGACCCAGACUGCUUCUGCAAGGCUCUUGCCAGCUCUGCCAAGGGCUCGUGGUGCCGCAGGAGGCAGCGGGAAAGCGCUCAAGGCAGGACAAGACUCUGCGGCGCUGACCCCCACAGCCCCCUCCCCUGGCAGAGCAUGGGAUGGGAAAGCUCAGCACUAACCUUCCAGCUGUACUUCAUUACUUGAAUGUAUGAAAACUGUCCACAUUCGAUGCAUACAAGUAUAUAUUGCUCCAAAAAAAACCCCCCACCCCACAGUGGUUUACAGACCUGCAACCAAUCUGUAUGUAUGUGUUUGUGUAUAUACAUCCAAGGAUGCGUGGGUGUGUGUGUGGGGAUGCACACACAAACACAAACGUGUGUAUAUAUAUACAUGGGUUUUUUUUCUCUCAAUACUUGAAACUUAGCCACUGUGCUUGAAAUAAAAAUGAAAACAAAAAAAAAAUCACAAAAAAAAACACACAGAAAAAAAAUACCCCAAAAAAGGGGUAAAAAAACCCACCCCACAACAAAGCACCAGAAAAACCAAUCAGACAAGUGAGUUAUUUUGCCAUCACUUUGGUGACUUUCUUUUUUUUAUCUAAUUGCAUGUAGUGUGAAACCAACUGGGUUUUUUUUUUGGUGAGAAAAAGAAACUAUUUAUUGCUUUGUAGACAAUAAGGUAUGCAGAAAAAUAUCCAAAAAAGAGGAGAAAAAAAAAAGACAGAAACCACCCCAAAAGCCACCCCCCUGCCCGUUGUUGAAGUUGCUAGUUGUAGUCCACCUGCGAGUGUCAUGGCUUUGUUACUGUUGCAGCGUUUGUGUCUGGCGUCUUUAGUAGAUUUCGAGCAACCUCAGCCUAAGAAACGCGUAUCUGCAGGUUUGUGAGGGCGUGUGAUGAUGUUCUGUACAAGGUAAUGCUUGAGACUUUGUCAGUGGUUUUUUUUAAUUUGUGUUUUGUGUGACUUUUUCUCUUUUUUUGGCUUUAAAUUGUACACCACCAAUUUAUGAAAAUAAAAUGGAUUUGAAAUUGUUA